UGGGCCGCGGGGGAGGGGGUUUGAGAGGGAAGGGGCCGCCGCCUGCUCUUGGCUUCCCCGCUGUUUCCGGGCCUGCCCGCGCAAGAGGGAAGCUGCUCUGAGGGCAUCUCUGCGAGCGGAGCGGCAGCCACCCGCCCAGCGCCUGCCCCGGGAUGGACUUGGACUCCGGCUCCCGGGCCCGCCUGUGUCUGAAGCUGCUGCUGCUCCUGCUGGCACUGCCGCUGGGGGGCCAGGCUGGCACAAGCUGCUACGGGAUCCCCGGCAUGCCAGGGCUGCCGGGGUCGCCAGGGAAGGACGGGCACGACGGACUCCAGGGGCCCAAGGGUGAACCGGGAGCUCCUGCUAUUCCUGGGCCCCAGGGACUCAAGGGGCAGAAGGGAGAACCUGGCAAGCCUGGCCAUCCUGGAAAACAUGGCCCCAUGGGGCCCCUGGGGAGCCUCGGGGAUCCUGGCAUCCCGGGCCCCCCCGGGCUGCCUGGCGAGGAGGGCAGGUACAAGCAGAAGUACCAGUCGGUGUUCACCGUCACUCGGGAGACCAGCCAGUUUCCAGAGCCCAACAGCCCGGUCAGGUUCAACACGGUGGUCACCAACCCGCAGGGCGACUACGACACCAGCACGGGCAAGUUCACCUGCAAAGUCCCCGGCUUCUACUACUUUGUCCACCACACGUCCCAGACGGCCAACCUGUGCGUGCAGCUGUUCCGUGACGACGACCGAGUGACCAGCUUCUGCGACCACAAAACCAAUAGCAAACAGGUCAGCUCGGGCGGCGUGCUGCUGCGGCUGCAGAAGGGCCAGCAGGUGUGGCUGGCCGUCAACGACUACAACGGCAUGGUGGGCACCGCCGGCUCCGACAGCGUCUUCUCCGGCUUCCUGCUCUUCCCGGAUUAGGGCGGUUUGGUCUGCUCCAGCACCCCCCAGGCCACCCCACUUCCCUUCCGUCCUGUCUGUCUCUGCACCUGUUUGUCCCACCUGAUACCCACCUCCACCCAGACUCCCCACCCCACACGUUCUCUCCUUCCUUCUCGGCCGUUUCUGUUCUGACACAUCCCCAGCACCUUCGGGGGCUGCCUUGGGUUUCUGCCCAGUCUCAGGAGAGACCAGGCGAUGUAUAAAUAAAGAGUUAAAUCAAUGAGUCGGCCUGGCCCCGCGUCCUCACCGCCCUUCCCUUUAACUGCCUGCUUCUUUGCCCGCACCUGGCAUGACUGGGUAUCUGUGUGAUCUGGAUUCUGACGGGCGUCAAGCUCGGGAAAGGGGGGUAUCAGUGUGGAGACAUGCAGAGCCCUUUGGUCAUUUGGAGAAAAGCUGCCUGAGUGUUGGGGAAGGCUGUGAGGUGCCCCCAGAGGUGCCAGGUAUCCGCACCGGCUGUCACAGGUAAAAGGGAACGCGUUCCCAUUUCCACACGUGUUUGCUUGGUUUUGGCAGCACCUGUCUCCCGAGGGAGG